AUGGACCUGCCAGACUUCCCAAACGGACGGUCACCGCAGAGAGAGCUCCAACUCCAAGGUCCACGGCCGGCACCUUUCAAAGUAAGUAAAGACUCACACAAGAUCAGAAAACCUCCUGUGGCACCACCACAACAGCCUCAACCACAAGCUCAACACCGGUCACCAGUGAUAAUCUACACAGUCUCUCCCAAGGUAAUUCACACCAAACCUAGUGAGUUCAUGACAUUGGUGCAACGUCUCACCGGCCCAUCUCCGGAUUUGUCUUCAGCUUCGGCCACUUCAUCGUCUUAUUUUCAAGAUAAUAAUGGUGCAAUUUCGCCGGCGGCUCGGUUUGCUUCCACAGAAAAAACUAAGUCGCCACAAGGGACGAGACCACAAAAUGGUGAUAUGGGCAGGUUUAAAGGACAGAGAUAA